AUGGUCCUUCUCCUGGUGCCUGAAAUGAUCGCGUCACUGAAUACACGCCUUGGUUGGGCUUUGAUCCUCGUCGGCAUCGUUGGUGCCCGUGCCGUAUUCCGCCGAUACGCAACGUCAAUCAAGGAUAUCCCGGGUCCAUUUUGGGGGUCUUUCUCUAGUCUGUGGGUGGUGUAUCAGUUAUGGAAAGGCCACCUCGAAGCAGAGACCAUCGAUCUCCACAAGAAGCAUGGAUAUUUCGUUCGCAUUAGGGAUAACGAAGUCAGUGUCUCUCACCCAGAUGCAGUGAGACAACUUCUCCAUGCCAACAUUGCGAAGGGCCCCUGGUAUGCCAUUUUCAGUUUUCCAGACUAUCACUAUGUCAACCAGAUGUCAGAACUGGAUCCUCAGCGACACUCAGAGAAAAAGCGCAACUUUGCCUCGGGCUACGCUCUUUCCAACAUCAUCCAAUCCGAGCCAUAUGUCGAUGCAGUCUUAGAGCUCCUCAUUAAGCACGUGGACGGGCACUGCGAUUCUGGCACCCCGAUUGAAUUUAGCGAUUGGUUUACCUAUUUUUCAUUUGACGUCGUGGGCGAGGUCACCUUUUCGAAAUCUUUUGGCUUUGUUAAAGCUGGUACGGAUGUUAGAAAUGCUAUCGCAAACACUCGAGCCUUGGCUUUAUAUGUCGCAGUCAUGGGUCACUAUACCUGGUUCCAUAACCUGACACUGGGUAACCCGCUCCUUAGCCGGCUGGGAAUCCAGCCUUCCUCGCAUAUCUUUGAUACCUCUCUUGCUGCGAUUAACAUGCGACGAGAAAACCCUAAGGUGCGAAAAGAUAUGAUGCAACAAUGGCUCGACACCCGUGCCAAGUAUCCUGACCGGAUGACUGAGAACGAGAUCUUCGCUGCUGCCGUCGUUACUGUCGGUGCUGGAUCCGACACCGUUAGUGCCACGACGCAAUCUCUUUUCUACUGGCUACUUCGUUACCCUAAACACCUUCGCCGACUACGUGAGGAGCUUGACACUGCCCAGGCUCGUGGGGAACUUUCGUCUGUUGUUCAGUACAAUGAGGCGAUGAAGUUACCAUUCCUUCAAGCUUGUAUGAAAGAGACUUACCGAUUUCACUCUGUCGUUCCUAGUCCCCUCCCUCGUGUGGUGCCAAAAGGUGGAAUCACUAUAGGUGGCAGAUAUUUCCCCGAGGGCGUUAUUCUGAGCGUCAAUCCGUGGGUUUAUCACAGAAACCCUACGCUGUUCGGCGAAGACUGCAACACCUUCAACCCAGACCGCUGGCUUCAGGGUGACACCCAAAGAAUGGACUCAUUCCUGAUUCACUGGGGAGCUGGAUACAGACAGUGCGUUGGACGCAAUCUCGCUCACUUCGAAAUCAGCAAGCUCGCUGCCACCCUGAUUCGGGACUUUGAAUUUGAGCAAGUGGAUCCGAAGAAAGAGUGGGAGUGGACGAAUCAUUUCUCGAUCUUGCCGUGGGGAUGGCCCUGUAAGAUUCGGCGUCGCUCCAUUGCUGGUUGA